AUGGAAAUAACCGAGGAAAUUGAUGCUUCUCCAAAUAAGAACAGGCAGACAUCUACCUCUUCCCGGACCUACUCUAUAUCAGGCUCCGGAGAGUUGUCAUCUGAUUCGGAAAUUCAACUAAAUCUAGAUUCCGAGAAGUUUUUGCAAGAUGAAAAGAACGAAAAUCCUUUUCUUAAACCCAAAGUGGCAGAUUAUUAUAGAGAUAUCUAUGAAAAGACAAAGUAUGAGUGUAGAGGAAGAUUUGAUCCCUAUUUUGUUUGGACGAAGAAAGAACAAGAUAAAUUGAGAAGAAAACUAGACAUAAGAGUUGCUUUUUUGGCUUGUAUCAUGUUUGUUGCAUUGCAGAUCGAUCGUGGUAAUCUAUCCCAAGCUGUGGCCGAUAACAUGCUAGAUGAUUUGGGAAUGAGUACCAACCAGUACAAUACUGGUAGCACUAUUUUCUAUCUUUGUUUCCUUUCUGCAGAGCUUCCGUCUCAGUUAAUCUCCAAGAAAUUAGGUUGCGAUAUUUGGAUCCCUAUACAGAUGGUUUGUUGGUCACUUGUCAGUAUAAGCCAGUGCGGCAUGAGAAGUGCUACCGGAUUUUAUAUUACUCGUGCAUUGAUGGGUCUCUUAGAGGGGGGUUUUAUACCUGAUGAGGUUAUCUGGCUCUCUUAUUUCUAUACUGGAUCAGAAUUAAGUAUUCGUCUAUCCUGGUUCUGGACCACAUUGUCUCUUACUCAGGUUUUCUCCUCUCUUUUGGCCUAUGCAAUCUUUCACAUGAGAGGUACUGGUGGAUUGGCAGGAUGGUCAUGGUUAUUCCUGAUUGAGGGACUUUUCACUUUGGUUAUCGGUAUUAGCUCCUUCUUUCUCAUGGUUCCAUCUGCUGUCCAAACAAAAAGACCUUGGAACAAGAAAGGAUAUCUCAACGAAAGAGAAGAGAAGAUAGUUGUUAAUAAGAUUUUAAGGGAUGAUCCCUUGAAAGGAACCAUGAUGAAUAGACAAGGAUUGACGUUUAGAAUGUUUUUUGAUGCCAUAAGUGAUUAUUAUCUCUGGCCUAUUUAUUUGAUAGGUCUUGUUGCAUACAUUCCAGCAGGAACCUUGGAUGCUUACCUAACAUUGGUUUUGAAAAGUAUGGGAUAUUCCACUUUUAAUGUCAAUUUAUUGGCAAUACCUUAUUACAUUCUUAAAGUCAUUUUACUAUUAUCAGUGACUUGGUUCAGUGAGAGAGUGAAGUCAAUUUUCAACGUUGCACUUUUACAACCACUUUGGGCUAUUCCAUUAAUUGGCGUUUUAAGAUGGUGGAAUGGCUCAUUUUAUGAAAAAUGGCCCACAUACAUUAUUCUUAUUAUGAUUUUAGCCACUCCAUACAUCCAUGCAAUGAUGGUUUCUGCAUGUUCUCGAAACUCUCAAGGCGUUAAAACAAGAACUGUUUCUGCUUCACUUUACAACAUGUUUGUUCAAGCUGGAUCCAUUGUUGCAUCCAACAUCUACAGAACUAACGACAAACCUUUUUAUCACAGGGGAAAUACAGUUCUUUUUGGUUUGGCCUUUGCGAUGAUCCCCAUUCUAGUUGGUACUAAGCUAUUCUACGUUUUUACCAAUAGGAAAAGAGAAAAAGUAUGGAAUUCAAUGACUUCAGGGGAAAGAGAGACAUACAUUUUAACCACUAAAGAUAGUGGCAAUAGAAGGCUCAACUUUCGAUUUGCACAUUGA